AUGAACGGGAAACCCGGCGAUGGAAAGUCCGCCGAGGACGCUUACCACCAAAACCAGGGGCCACCACCAGCACGGUCGAACCCCCUGGGCAACGAUGAGGUGAACAACAGCCGCGAGGGAACCGGUCUCAGGAAGGAGGCGGAGGGAAAACUCGACCUGGAAUCAGCCGCCGGGUCGACGGCGUCGAGGCGACACAGCAGGGACGUACACUCUACAACCUUGUCGAACCACGGCAGCGAGCACGAUGACGACGACGACGACGACGACGGCGAAGAUGGGCUCUCGCGCGUGUCGACGCACGCCUCCAUGGGGCCCGACAGCGCGGCCGAGGUGGAGCAGUUUAGCUCCUUCGUCGAGGUGCCGGACGAGGUGUACGAUCGCUUUUCACGGCGCCGCAAGCUUCUCAUCGUCGCGAUCCUGUCGUACUGCUCGUUUCUGGCCCCGAUUUCGAGCACCACGGUGCUUUCGGCCGUCCCCGAGGUGGCGGCGGAGUAUGCGACCACGGGGACCGUCAUUAACUUGAGCAAUGCGCUUUACAUGUUGUUUAUGGGUCUGUCGCCCAUGUUUUGGGGCCCCUUGAGCCAGGUGUAUGGACGGCGGAUCAUCAACCUGACGACUGCCGCCCUGUUUUUCGCCUGCAGCAUCGGCACAGCGCUCGCGCCCAACCUGGUGGCCUUUUUCAUCUUUCGCAUCCUGACUGCGUUUGAGGGGACGUCUUUCAUCCUUGUUGGAUCUACUUGCAUCAGCGACAUAUACCGCCCUACAGAGCGCGCAACAGGCAUGGGGUGGUUUCUGUCGGGGACCCUCAUCGGCCCCGCCCUCGGCCCGUUCGUGGGCGGCAUCAUAGUCACGUUCCAGUCCUGGCGCGUCAUAUUCUGGCUGCAGACGGCGCUGGCGGGCACGGCCGUGAUCCUCGUCUUCUUCUUCCUGCCCGAGACGGCACACCACAAAAAGAAGGACGACCUGGUCGGGUACUCUGGCGCGCGCAAGGCCCGGGUGCUGGCCUCCAUGGUCAACCCGCUGCGCGUGAUCCGGCUGUACGCGUACCCGAACCUCAUGAUCACAGGGCUAGCGGCGUCGGCGCUGCUCUUCAACAUGUACAGCCUCCUGACCCCGAUCCGGUACGUGCUCAACCCGCGCUUCGGGCUGACGACGCCGCUCCAGGGCGGGCUCUUCUACCUCGCCCCGGGCUGCGGCUACCUCGUCGGCACCUUUGUCGGCGGCCGCUACGCAGACUACACGGUGCGUCGGUACAUGGGCAAGAAGGGCGGGCAGCGCGUGCCCGAGGACCGCCUCCGCUCCGCCCUGCCCUUCAUGGGCAUCGUCAUACCCGCCUGCACGCUGGCGUACGGGUGGGGCGUCGAGCGCGACAGCGGCGGCAUCCCGCUCGCCGUCAUCGCGCUGUUCCUGCAGGGCGUGGCGCAGCUGUUUUGCUUCCCGAGCCUCAACACGUACUGCCUCGACGUGAUGCAGAGCCGGGCGCCCGAGGUCGUCGCGGGCAACUACAUGAUGCGGUACCUGUUUGCGUGCCUCGGCACGGCCGUCGUCCUGCCCGCGAUCCAGGGCAUCGGCGUCGGCUGGUUCAGCACCGUCAGCGCGGCGUUCACCAUGUUUGGCGCCGCGGGCUUGGUCGCCUGCGUGACGUGGGGCAGGCGGUGGCGAGAGGGCAUCGACGCCCAGAGGAGGAGGAAGAGAUCCGAGAAGACCAAGCCCAGGGUCAAGGCCGGGGAUGGCGGUGAGUCGGGCGUCGUGCCGUCAUAG